UUGUUUCCCAGUCAUCCAUUUGACCAUUUGUUUCCCGAAGCGCGGUUUCGAGAAAUUUUGAACUCCCCUCUCGCGCAGCAACGCCAUCACGGCUUUUGAGCUCCCGGCGAGGGUUCGGGCCGCGGCGGCGGCGGCGCAACAUGGCCGGGAAGAAGACCACCCCAGUAAAGCCCGCCCCUCCCUCCACCCAGCGCAACGGCGGUGCCACCCCCGGCUCCAAGGGCAGGCCAAAGCAAGCUUCGGGUGAGUCCUCAGCCGCCAGCGCCAAGGCGCGGUCGGCCCCGAAACCUCGCAAAAUCACCAAGGAGAAGCCGGCGGCCGCGAAGAGGAAGCGCGACAAGCCGGAGCCCCAAGAGGGCGGCAAGCGUAAGAAGCAGCAGGCAUCCGGCGACGCGGCGACGCCCGCGAAGAAGAGGAAGAAGGGCGACGGCCCGGAACCCAAGCCCACGAAGAAGAAGCAGCAAGCCGGCAAGCCGGAGAAGCCCGCGACACCCUCGAAGAAGCAGAAGUCAUCCGGCAAGCCGAAGAAGGCCGCGACGCCCGUUAAGAAGCAGCAGUCACCCGGCAAGCCGGAGAAGCCCGCGACGCCCUCGAAGAAGCAGCAGUCAUCCGGCAAGCCGGAGAAGCCCGCGACGCCCGUUAAGAAGCAGCAGUCACCCGGCAAGCCGAAGAAGCCCCUGACGCCCGCAAAGAAGCAGAAAUCAACCGGCAAAGCGGAGAAGCCCACGCCGAAGAAGCAGCAGCAGUCACCCGGCAAAGCGCGGAAGUCCCCGGCGCCCGCGACCACGCCCACGAAGAAGAAGCAAGCCAAGAGCGAGAAGCCCACGCCCACCAAGAGGAAGCGCGGCGACGAUGAGUCCCAAAAUGAGGCCAGAAGCCCGAAGAGAGAUUCCGGCGAUGGGGAUGCGCCCGCAUCUACGCCCGUGAAGAAGAAGCGGAAGGAGCAAAAGGCGGCUGCGGUCGACAUGGGUUCGUGCAGCUUCCCGAUGGCGCGGGUGCGGCAGCUGAUGCGGGCCGAGGACGCCACCAUCCGCGCAUCCAAUGAGGCUGUCUUCCUCAUCAAUAAGGCAUCGGAGUUAUUCUUGGGGAAGUUUGCAGAGGAUGCUUAUCGCAAUGCCCUGAAGGAUCGUAAGAAGUCAAUUACUUACGAUAAUCUUUCAACAGCUGUCUGCAGCCAGAAGGGUUUCAAGUUUCUUUCAGAUUUUGUACCGCAGAGGGUAACAGCAGAGGAUGCUCUGAAGGUAACCGGCUUGCAACAAAUCGUAGUCUGACGCUAGGUUGUUAGUCUUGUGUUGAAGCGGAGUAGGUUGUUUUUUCAACACGUGCAAGUAAACCUGUAGUAAUGGAUCCCAUACUAUCGUAGAUCCACAUGGCAGAUGAUGCCCCCAUUUUACCUCCUGGGAUCUGGUAGCCCAUAGCUUAGAGUGUACUGAAGAUGCUUCAUCUGGGGUCUGGGCUGGGCAUGUUGUGAAAUGCUUGAACUGACUCUGCAAGUUAGAUGCUUAGAACAAGAGUAGCACUUCCGGAGAGAACCAAUCCAAGUUUCUGCGUAUGUAUCGUAUGAAUUUCUUCUGGAUUACAAACAGUAUUGGUGCUUGAAGGUUC